AAAUUACAAUAUUGCCUAUUGGCCGUGGGGAUAUUUAUAUUGCACGAUUUAUUAAACAAACUCCAAAGGAAAUGGAGACGAGAUGGAAUGACAUCAUGGGACCCACAGAAGUAUAGAGUUUAUGAAAUAUAUAUAUAGGAGAGAGAAAAGAGCUAAUGGAGCUGCAGAUGAUGAUGAUAAGGCUGAUAGUCAUUUCGCAGUUCACUGAGUCACACAGAGGCACUCUCCUCUCUCCUCUUUGUUUAUUGUCAGCCAGACAGUCAGGUGUUCAUCCAUCUCUUUUUAUUUAUUCCUUUUAACUCAUUCGUUUAAUGUAUUUCAGCCCCUUGGAUGUGGCCCUUCUUUAAACUAUUUUUUAGAAGAAGCCUGCUGAGACCUUUGAAAGGAGAAUUUCAAAAGGCGCCUUUAAAAUUAAACCCUCCAUGUGCUCCACUUUGCUGCUGAGAUUGACAGAGAGCAAAACAAAAAACUUCACAAAGCAAGUGACAAAAAUGAGUUUCGAUAAUGUUCCCCAUAAAUACUGUUGAGCUGUGUGCUUACACUAAUGCUAUUGUAUUGUCUCAGAAAAGGACGCAUUCACGUUACAAUACCCAGAGGUCACAGCCAGUCCACACUUAAAGAUCGGUGGCUGCGGAACCAUAAAUAUAUUUAAUCAGUAACACUGACAGUUUGUCCCCCCGAGUCCCCCUCUUCUGCAGAAGAAACAUGUGGAGCUCUGUGGUGGAAGUGACUGAUUAAUUUUGUAUGUGGAAAGCUUCUCGUUGCAGUGUGUGGGCUCUUCUUUUCACCAGGCUGUGCUCUGUUUUGACAUCAGAUUGCACAAACGUGAUCAAAACUACAUCAGAAAUCAGAUUAGAGAUAAUACUUUGGUGGUUUGGAUUGCAGUUUUACAGGGACGUCUUCAAAUGACCGUAACGUUUUCUCAGUGAGUUGAAUUAAUGGGUCACUCCACGUGUUUCCAAACUAUGAUCUACUGGACCACUUGAUCAGUUAUCGAUAAUGGGUCAGAUGCUGAGUUUGCAGCAGCAUGUCGACAGACUCUGUCUCUCUCGUGGUGCUGACUGUGUUGAAGGCGCUGACCUUGGUGCUGACCUGUGGGAUUUAUGACAUGAUCUGCACCGUUUCCGUCUCCAUUUAUGGUUCUACAAACUUCUUUUAUUGUUCUAAUUAACCUAUCCUUCUUAUUGAACCUCAGAUAGCUGCAUCAUCUCAGUUGGUCAUGUGUAUUAAGUCUCUAAAUCCGGAAUAGAUCUUAUAGUUCUUUGUAUGAAAUUUAAAUUAUGAGCAACGAUAAAGCAACUUUAGGCAAAAAUAGAAUAUUAUUAUUUUUUAAAAGUACUUUUAAAAGUAAUAUUCAGGGUGCGCCUGUGCUGCUCAGUCAAGACUAAACCAGGGUUUUGUGCUUAAUGAUGCCAGGUGUUGGCAUUUGGCUCUCUGGUUUACUGAGCUGACGCUACAGGUGUUUCUUGAAUAUUGAUACUCUGGCUGCAGAAGCGUCUUCCUGGGAAGCCCGGGUCGCCGCUCCUACAGCCCGCACGUCACUGACCUGACAUCAGCACACAGCUUAAAAACCCGGAGCACCGAGCGAUGUAAACACAACCAGGCACACCUACAUAUGGGCGCAGCCAGACACGCUGCUGGGAACAGAGCAAAAUAAUCACCUGGAUGCACCGCAUUUUAUGCUCCAGGAUAUUUCAGGAUGUAAUUUUACCAGUAAUGCUGCUUUAUUUUGAGUAACGCUCUCUAUUUUCAGAGCACGCUUUCUAAACAUCACAGAAAGUUUCUUGCACUUGUGCACCGUUGCUUUUAAUAAUGAUCAACGACACUCUCGCCCUUGGAGAACUGGACGCGAAUGUUUCUGAGCCGCUGUCUCCUCUCGCUCUUGGCCACAACCACAGUGCGCUUCGACUGGAGUCCAAGUCUCUGGUCACUUCAGCCACGAUGUUCGCCGUGGGAGUCCUGGGGAACCUCAUUGCCAUAGUUGUGCUGUGCAUCUCAAAAAAGGAGCAGAAGGAAACCACUUUCUACACUCUGGUCUGCGGGAUGGCCAUCACGGACCUGUUGGGCACGUGCUUCACCAGCCCGGUGGUGAUCGCCACAUAUGUAGCCAACCGCUGGCCGGGAGGAGCGCUGCUCUGCCACUUCUUCUCCUUCUCCAUGCUCUUCUUCGGCUCAGCUGGGAUGUCCAUUCUGUGCGCAAUGGCCGUGGAGCGAUACCUGGCCAUAAACCAUGCGUAUUUCUACUCCCAGCACAUCGAUAGGACAAUGGCGCGUUUCGCGCUCCUGGUCACCUACCUCGCUAACAUCGUACUGUGCAUUAUGCCCAGUUUUGGCUUCGGGAAGCACGUCAGGCACUUUCCUGGGACUUGGUGCUUUCUGGACUGGAGAGCGAUGGAUCCUCUCGGAGCCUGCUACUCCUUCCUGUACGGCGGCGUGAUGCUGGUGCUGAUCGCAGUGACAGUUUUGUGUAACCUGGCGGUGUGCAGGUCGCUGGUGGGGAUGAAACAGAGGACAGGAAUAGUCAGGACGGAGCUGUGCGAACAGGGAGGUUCACGUCGCUUCUUCCCCCGGCUGCAGUCAGUUACUUCAGCGGCGGAGAUCCAAAUGUUUUGGCUUCUGGUCUUCAUGACCAUCGUUUUCCUGGUUUGCUCCAUCCCUUUAGUGGUGCGAAUCUUCGUCAACCAGUUAUAUGACCCUGCCUAUAUCUCUGCUGGGGGGGAGCCUGACUACCGCAGCGACCUGCUGGCGAUCCGCUUCGCUUCAUUCAACCCCAUAUUAGACCCCUGGGUUUACAUUUUGUGCCGGAAAAACCUGCUGCUAAAGGGUUGCGAGAGGCUGAAGAGGGCAGUGGCGCGGGUUAAGGGCAGUCGUGGAGACAACAUCGGCUGGGCAGAAGGUCAACACUCCCCUCCGUCUUUACACAGCAACGACACCAGCUACGCGUCAUUACGCACGGCAAGCUACAGGAACGACGUGGAGCACCGGGUGUCGAUCAAAAAUAAAUCCUUUACAGACUUCGCGUUGAGACAAGCGUGGGAGUACGACACCGCCCGGGUCAACUUUCACCCGUUCAGCGUCGAGUCGACCGCGAUCCUCGGGUGUGAGGAGGAAGUGGCGGCCGAUUCCAAACAGGAGGCGGCGGCCAAGUCGUCCCCAGGACGCACUCCAAGAACACCGCCGCUCUCUGCGCAUGUCAGAAGAGUGGACUUUGUCACCUGCACGUUCAGCACACCGAGCUCCUGUCAGUCAGCGGAAUGCCUUUGAUGGACAUUUCUUAUCUGCCAACACCAGUUCAGAAAUAUUCCUGUGAGUCUGGCAGUUGCUCCAUCUGCACAGCAAACUGGUACUUUUUAAUUCAACUGUGAGAAAAACCAACGCUGCCAGUGAUAAACACUACAUAGCUCUUAUGUUAUUUAACCUGCUGCAGAAAAUUCUCCAAAUUUAAUUUAGGCUUUAUUUUAAGGCACAACAGCAGAUUAUGCAGUAUGGCACAUCCAGUUUUGCAUUGCUUUUUAUAUCAACCAGAAUGAGGCCCAGAAAAACACUGGCUGUAUGUAUAACUGCUGACUGGUGGAUAUGGAAAACUGCACUGUAUUACUGGUGAUGUUGGGGUCACUUUUGGAGAUGAAUGUGAUUUCUAAUUCCUGCCUAAAGUACACAGACAGCAUGAGAUGAAGGCUGUGGUGACAAUUUAAGCUAAAUAUUAUUAUACCCCAUGGGUACAAAAGUGUGACACUCUAAGAGCUUUACACACUGUAUGAAUCCAUAUGUGCCAUUUUUAAUACAUGUUUAUUCAUUACAUGUUGUUGUUGCACUGAGUUUCAUAUAUUUUUUUAAACGUACACGCUGCUAAUUUACUCUGUGCCAUUGAACAGUGUUGCAUGAUGCAGGGAAAAAUGAAUGUAGGCCAUUUGAACCUUGUUAAAUCUUGUUUUAUAUAGGACAUUUAAAUAUAAUGUUUUGAUAUUUGCAGUUGUAAACAGCCAAAGUGAACACAUCACCCUUUGAAAAAGGAAAAAGAAAAAAAAAAAUACUGUUGCUGUAAGCUGUGUGACCUGUGGUGUUCGCUGGAUGUAUUGGUGGGUCUGUGCAGAGAAAUAAAGUGACACUGAAGAGUUUUACCUGCUCUGAAAGAAGCAUGAAAGUGUUUUAACUGCAACCACUCUCAGCUGACAGACAGGCGGCAGAAGAGCUACACCUCCCUCAGUUCAAACUGGGGACAAUAGGGUAAAUUUGGCUUUUUAAACCAGCAGGUGGCGCUACAACAUUAAAAGUCCUGUGUAAAUUUAACCGGGAAAGGGUAGUGAUGUUGAUACUGUUCUAAAGUCAGUAUGAAUCUGUGCAAUAUGUGAAGUAGCCAAUGAUAACAAUGAUAUAUA